AUAUAAAAUAAACUUGAAGUAAACUGUUGCGCCACGUAACCUUAGCAAAAAAAAAAAUUCAUUAGAUUUGAAUGGGAAAAAUAUAGUAGGAGUUUGUGAUGGUUGGUGUGUCUGGAUAUUAUCAUAGUUGAUAACACCACUUGAACACUUGCUUCACCCUCCCUCUCUUGCCUUCACUCACAUUACACCAUGGACAACCAACGAAGCAACAGAAUAAGCCAUUAUAUGCAGGAUAUUUUUAAAUGUUACAACCUUUUAAGACUGCAGGAACCUGACAGUGAAAAAGAAAGUGACUUCACUGAUGUAGAAAAGCCUGUCUUUUGGGAUGUUGUAGUUUUGACAACUUUUGAUGCAGUACAACAACAGAGUUUUGAGAAACAAAUUGAUUUUAAGAAACAACAAGGACAUUUACCAAAGGUUCCUAUUUUAGUGGUGGCUGACCCACCUGAUCAGAAGCUUGGGGUUGGUGGUUCUACUCUCCAUGUGCUUGAUGAGUUACAUAAACAAUUCGGAGAUGCACUUGAUCAGAAGAAAACACUCAUUAUCCAUUCUGGUGGCAGUAGUCAAAGGUUGCCCAGUUACAGUGUCCUGGGCAAGAUAUUUGCACCAGUUCCUAUCCAAGGACUGAGAAUGGAUUCUGCUAUUCCACAGAUGUUUGACCUCAAGCUAGCCAUGUACCUUCCAUUUUGUGAGCUGCUUGGACCAGGGGUGUUUGUUGUAUGUGCUGAUGAUAUUGAGACUUACUGCCUUGAUGUAAAAAGUUUAGAUAUGAAAGCCUUAGCAUCAGGAGAUGUAGUAGCCUUAGCUCACCCCUCAAGCAUUUCUGUUGGCACGGGACAUGGUGUAUAUGUAAUAAACGAUGAUUCUCAGUCACUUAAAUGUUUAAAUAGUGUUCAAGAAUGUAUGGAGGUGUUGCAAAAGCCCUCAGAAGACAUCAUGCGAUCAAAAGGAGCAGUUUACAUAAAAGAGGAAGGAGGCACUUUAACAGAGAAAGUUUGGAGUGAUAGUGUAUUUUGGCUCAGUGGACAAGUUUAUCAUCGUCUCUUACAGUGGUACAGGACAAAGGCUCCCAUCUCUUCAGAACUUGAUGCCUAUGCACAUUUUCUGCCUUGCCUAGGUACACGGAUGGCGUCUGCCAAGCCAACUGAUUUUCAAGAUUUUCGGUCUGAACUAUUACCAAUUCUUAAAGAUUUUAGCCUCAAGGUUCUUCUUCUGAAUGAGUCUGAAUUUUAUCAUAUGGGAACCAUGAAAGAGUAUUUGAUGCAUUUUAAUGCUAUGGAAAAUUUCUGUGCAGAGUUGGGGCUCGUGAAAAAUACAAGCAACUUACAAAAUCCUUGCAUAUUAAAAGUUGCUGAGCAUUUAUCACCAACGUAUUUUAAAAAUGGCAUGAUUACAGAAACUCACUUCUCAGACCCAACCAUUAAGAUAACAGUACUUCAAAGCUCAACACAGUUUGUCAUAGAAAACUGCCAAAUAAAUCUGUCUUUUAAAGUUCAUGGUGAUAUUAUAAUGAACAAUUGUGUUCUUGAAGAAUGUUCUCACAUUGCAUUGCUCACUGAUGAAGUGAACUUGUUUGGUAACCUCAUGUACCACACUGUGCCCAUAAUGUCUGAAGGACAGUCAUUAUAUGUCACUGUAGCUUUUGACUUGACUGCCAAUAUGAAGUGUGUUUCAGAUAAUUUAUCAGGCAUAUAUAAUUAUGGUUGCAGUCUUAGUGAAGUGUCUCAUAUUCUUGGUUAUAAGACGACAGAGGUAGUGCCAAAAUCCUUAGACAGUGUAUCUCUUUGGGCUGCUAAAAUAUUCAUGGGAGGGUCAACUGCUGCUGAGAGCUUCUGGCUCACACAUCAUGCCAUAAAUAAAAUUAAGAAUGAACAAGAGGGAGAACCACUACAGACUGAUAUUACAAGCUGCAAAGGCUCUCGGUUGUUUAGUAUGAGGGAUGUUGUCAUACUGAAAGACAUGGAAACACUCUUGAAAGAUAGAGAUCAUUUGUCUUCCAGCAUGAAACAUAUGCUCCAUGAAAAAUAAUUUUUAUAUUACUAAAUAUCUGAGUAAAGUGUGUUCAAAUAUACUUUUAUGCAUCUGAUUAAUCAUUGUGUUUAUUCAUACUGUAUGUGUUUUCUUUAUAUCCAUAUGCAUUUUUAUUGCAUGUAGAUGUAAUGACAUCAAUUUUUUUUGGCUAAUAUGCUAAAAUAAUACCCAUUUUCAGUUAUCCUUGCUAUAUAAAACUUUUUAAAUACAAUAUUUAAUGGUGCUUUAAUUCAAAGUAAUACAUAAUCUGAUAUUGUCAAAGGACUGCCAGUUUCUUGAAACAGUAAUUAACAAUGCCUAAAACUGACAGAAUAGGUUUUAGUGUAUAGUUCAACUUGUACUUAUCUAUUUGUGUUAUAAGGGUUGGGUCUCAACUCCUGGAAUCCCUCCCCUCUGAACCUGCUGUUUACCAGAUUCACUCCUUUCUAGCCUUGUGGGCCUUAUCAUACUUUUUCUUAAAACUAUGUAUGAAUCCUGUUUCCACCACUUAUUCAUAAAGAUCAUUUCACUUCAAAACCAUUCUGUGACUGAAGAAAUAUUAACAUCCCUAUGAGUCAUCUGUCUUCAACUUCCAGCUGUGUCACCAAACAACUAUUUUUUGCCCCAUCUACCCAGUUGAUUCCCCAGAGUAUUUUGUAUGUUAUCAUAUCUUCCUUGGAUCAUCUGUCCUCCAAUGUCACUAGAUACAAUUAUGCUAGCUUCUCCUUGUAGUUCAUACCCCUUGCAUACAUCUACACUUUCUCCAUAACCCGGACCCUCACCGUGUGAAGCGAGAGCUUUUGCCACCAAGCAAACUCAACAUCUUAACUGAUAAAACUUAAAUUAGUACAUAUAGUAUUUUAUGUAAGAAGGUAAAUGAAAAUAUUUUUAUUAAUUUUACUUACAUAUAUAGGUUUUCAGGCAUUAUGAACUAAAAUUUUGGUAUUAAGCUUGCCUUUACUAUCAAGAAUACCUCAUACAUCAGAUUUUGACCCUAUCGUAAAUGGAGAAGUGAAAACAUCCUAACUGUCCUUCAUGACAAGCUUUCUUAACAAUCUAUUUCAUUAUCCUACAUCAUAUUAUGUAAGAAGAAACAAUUACUUUUAACUCUUUGACUGUUUCGGACGUAUACAUACGUCUUAUGAGCCAGCGUUUCGGACGUAUAUAUACUCAAUAAUUCUAGCGGCUUCAAAUCAAGCAGGAGAAAGCUGGUAGGCCCACAUGUGAGAGAAUGGGUCUGUGUGCACUGUAUAAAAAAAAAUCUUGCAGCACGCAGUGCACAAUGAGAGAAAAAAAAAAACUCCAACCGUGUUUUUGGAUUAAAAUGCUGACUUUGCGGUGUAUUUUCCUAUAGUAAUUAUGGUUGUAUUCUUGUUUUCUUGGUCUCAUUUGACAGAAUGGAAAACAUAUUACAGAAAUAGAGAUGAUUUUGAUUAGUUUCACGAUGGAAACGACCUUGAAAUUGAGCUCAAAGUAGCAGAAAUGUUAAAUUUUUACCAAUGUUCAAGAGUAAGCAAAUCACACCACACGUCCAAUACACGUCAACUGGGGAGUCUAAUGUUCUUUCACUAGUGCACUGAUAUUAUUUAUACCAUUUUUACAAUAAUGCAGUAGUCCGCAUAACAGUAAAUCUUCUAUUUUUUGUGAAUAAAAAAUCAAAAUAGAAAGCAAAAGUAAUACAAGAGGGGCCUAGAGACAUGACUAAUGAACAGAGGAUAUGUUAUUUUAGUGCCAAGAAUGUCUGCAUUGUUUAUUCUGGACCCUAUUUUGAAAUUGGCAUCAUUUUUAAUUUGAGUGAAAUUGGCCAAAUUGCCAAUUUCUGACCACUUUACUGGGUAGUUGAAAUUGGUAAAUGGUCAGUUUCUUGUACUCAAUUGAUAGAAAAAGAAUGGAGUCUAAAUAAAUAGCUUUGAGUUUGGUUGACUGGAACAAUGGAAUUAGCCGAAAAUAGGACUCAAAGUCGGCGAAAUCCCCGAUGCAUAUAUAUCGCCGAGAUCACUAACUUCGUGGGAGUGUAAUUCCCUAAGUUUUUCAUUAAAUUUCAUACUUUUGGUGUCAUUACCAUCGGGAAAAAAUUCUCUAUCAUUUCAUAAGAUUUUUUUUUUUUUUUUUUUUUUCAAAAAAUUGUUUGACACCAGGAAGACACUUCAGGAUUUGGGGUUGCAACAGUCAAAGGGUUAAUUAACUUGACUUAAGUUAUUAUACCUGCAUAAUAUAUUCAGCAUUUUAUUAAUUAUGCUCAUGUUAUUUUUUUAUUUACUGAUAAAAUUUGUAGUCUUUGAGUGUUUUUGUUUGACAUUACAGUGAUUACUGAUAAUGCGUAUUGUAUAGUAUAUAAAUUAUUCAUUACAUAAUUUUUUUUUUUUAACAUGUUGGCUGUUUCCCACCGAGGCAGGGUGAUCCAAAAAAAAGAAAGAAACACUUUCACCAUCAUUCACACAUGAUCACUGUCUUUGCAGAGGUGCAGUGUUUUUUCAACUUCUACUGGUUGCAUUAUUCCAUAUUUAUCUCUACUUCCUACCCAGUGGUUCCGUAUCCGCUGUUAAAAGUUAACGGUAGUACAUAUUUAUAUUUUGACCUACAGUAUGUACUGUAGAAUAUUUAUAAAUCUGAAUAGAUAAUGAGUUUUCUACUACUGUUUCCACUGACUAUAUGGAAUAUAUAUUUCUGCCAUUCUAAGUUUAAAAUAUUUUUUUUUUUUUUUUUUUUUCAACAAGUCGGCCGUCUCCCACCGAGGCAGGGUGACCCAAAAAAGAAAGAAAAUCCCCAAAAAGAAAAUGCUUUCAUCAUCAUUCAACACUUUCACCACACUCGCACAUUAUCACUGUUUUUGCAGAGGUGCUCAGAAUACAACAGUUUAGAAGCAUACACAUAUAAAGAUACACAACAUAUCCCUCCAAACUGCCAAUAUCCCAAACCCCUCCUUUAAAGUGCAGGCAUUGUACUUCCCAUUUCCAGGACUCAAGUCCGACUAUAUGAAAAUAACCGGUUUCCCUGAAUCCCUUCACUAAAUAUUACCCUGCUCACACUCCAACAGAUCGUCAGGUCCCAAGUAUCAUUCGUCUCCAUUCACUCCUAUCUAACACGCUCACGCACGCUUGCUGGAAGUCCAAGCCCCUUGCCCACAAAACCUCCUUUACCCCCUCUCUCCAACCCUUUCGAGGACGACCCCUACCCCGCCUUCCUUCCCCUAUAGAUUUGUAUGCUUUCCAUGUCAUUCUACUUUGAUCCAUUCUCUCUAAAUGACCAAACCACCUCAACAACCCCUCUUCUGCCCUCUGACUAAUACUUUUAUUAACUCCACGCCUUUUCCUAAUUUCCACACUCCGAAUUUUCUGCAUAAUAUUUACACCACACAUUGCCCUUAAACAGGACAUCUCCACUGCCUCCAACCAUCUCCUCACUGCUGCAUUUACCACCCAAGCUUCACACCCAUAUAAGAGUGUUGGUACUACUAUACUUUCAUACAUUCCCUUCUUUGCCUCCAUAGAUAACAUUUUUUGACUCCACAUAUACCUCAAUGCACCACUCACCUUUUUUCCCUCAUCAAUUCUAUGAUUAACCUCAUCCUUCAUAAAUCCAUCCGCCGACACGUCAACUCCCAAGUAUCUGAAAACAUUCACUUCUUCCAUACUCCUCCCUAAUUUGAUAUCCAAUUUUUCUUUAUCUAAAUCAUUUGACACCCUCAUCACCUUACUCUUUUCUAUGUUCACUUUCAACUUUCUACCUUUACACACAUUCCCAAACUCAUCCACUAACCUUUGCAAUUUUUCUUUAGAAUCUCCCAUAAGCACAGUAUCAUCAGCAAAAAGUAACUGUGUCAAUUCCCAUUUUGAAUUUGAUUCCCCAAAAUUUAAUCCCACCCCUCCCGAACACCCUAGCAUUUACUUCCUUUACAACCCCAUCUAUAAAUAUAUUAAACAACCAUGGUGACAUUACACAUCCCUGUCUAAGACCUACUUUUACCGGGAAGUAGUCUCUCUCUCUUCUACACACCCUAACCUGAGCCUCACUAUCCUCAUAAAAACUCUUUACAGCAUUUAAUAACUUACCACCUAUUCCAUAUACUUGCAACAUCUGCCACAUUGCUCCUCUAUCCACUCUAUCAUAUGCCUUUUCUAAAUCCAUAAAUGCAAUUAAAACUUCCCUACCUUUAUCUAAAUACUGUUCACAUAUAUGCUUCAAUGUAAACACUUGAUCUACACAUCCCCUACCCACUCUGAAACCUCCUUGCUCAUCCGCAAUCCUACAUUCUGUCUUACCUCUAAUUCUUUCAAUUGUAACCCUACCGUACACUUUUCCUGGUAUACUCAGUAAACUUAUUCCUCUAUAAUUUUUACAGUCUCUUUUGUCCCCUUUCCCUUUAUAUAAAGGGACUAUACAUGCUCUCCGUCAAUCCCUAGGUACCUUCCCCUCUUUCAUACAUUUAUUAAACAAAAGUAUCAACCACUCCAACACUAUAUCCCCCCCUGCUUUUAACAUUUCUGUCAUGAUCCCAUCAGUUCCAGCUGCUUUACCCCCUUUCAUUUUACGUAAUGCCUCAUGUACCUCCCCCACACUUACAUUCUGCUCUUCUUCACUCCUAAAAGAUGGUAUACCUCCCUGGCCAGUGCAUGAAAUUACUGCCUCUGUUUCUUCCUUAACAUUUAAAAGUUCCUCAAAAUAUUCUCGCCAUCUACCUAAUACUUCCAUCUCCCCAUCUUCUAACUCCCCUACUCUGUUUUUAACUGACAAAUCCAUACUUUCCCUAGGCUUUCUUAACUUGUUUAACUCUCCAAAAUUUAUUUUUUUUAUUUGUACAAAUAUUUAUUAAUGUGAAUGAUUUUCUACAAGAACUGCAAGUAUUUUAGGUAAAUGAGAGAAAUGUAAUAAAGUAGGAUCUCCAUGUCCACUGAUUCAGUAUCUGCAGAUUCAGUUAUACACAGUUUACUGUGGCCUAUAAAUACCUCUUAAUUUUGCAUAAUAAUGGCCCCAAAGCCCAAAAGUAGAAAAACUGGCAGUACUGCAAAGCCUAAGAGAAGCCGUGAAGUGCUUCCCCUCAGUGAAAAAGUGAUAAUUCUCCACUUAUUGUGCAUAAUUUAACAUAUAAAAUUUAUAAUAAGUAUGUAUACGAUUUAUACAUAGGGUGUGCUACCAUUCGCAGCUUCAGUACCCAUGGCAGGUCCUUGGAACGUAUCCUCCCAUGGAUAUGGGGGUCACACUGUACAGUGGUCCCCCGCAUAACGAUCACCUCCGAAUGCGACCAAUUAUGUAAGUGUAUUUAUGUAAGUGCGUUUGUACAUGUAUGUUUGGGGGUCUGAAAUGGACUAAUCUACUUCACAAUAUUCCUUAUGGGAACAAAUUCGGUCAGUAUUGGCACCUGAACAUACUUCUGGAGUGAAAAAAUAUCGUUAACCGGGGGUCCACUGUAUAUAUAGUAGAAACCCAUAUCCACUGAUGUAGUAUUCACGGUUUCAGUUAUCCACGGUUUACUGUGGCCCACAAAUACCUCUUAAUUUUGCAUAGUAAUGGCCUCAAAGCCCAAAAGUAGAAAAGCUGGCGGUUCUUCAGAGAAGCCGUGAAGUGCUUCCCAUUACUGAAAAAGUGAUAAUUCUCCACUUACUAUGCAUAAUUUAUAAAUUAAACUUUAUAAUAUGUAUGUAUUGGACUUAUAUGUAAAGUUUGCUACUAUCUAUGGUUUCAGUAUCCAUGGCAGGUCCUUGGAACAUAUCCUUCAUGGAUACGGGGGUCCUACUGUAGAAUUUUAUCUUUUGCCAGCUGCUGAUGUCUAUGAUCCCUCCAUGUAUUUAACAGCAGAGAGGAGUUGACCAGUGAUUGUCACAUCUCCGUACAAAUGAGGAAGUUUACAAUAGCAAUGGAGUGUUUUUAAAUCACUGUACAUCAUGAGCCCUCUCAGGUCAUAGAACAUAACUCCAAAACCAAAUAUGUAAUCUGCCAUAAUCCCUUUCUCCCUGCCUCAAGUCAGAUGCUUUGCUUUUAUGGUAGUCUGCAUAUUUUUUAACAGUAGCAGUGGUAUUGUCUAUUAUUACAUAUAUAGUGAUCUGUGCGAUCAUAAUUUUUUUUUUUUUUUUUUUUUUAAUUAAUUUCUUUACUGGAGCAACUAUAACUUGGCAUUUUUCAAAUGAUGCAAGGUAUGAGGGGGCAGUAUUGCUUCUAAGAAAGACUAUGAAUUAAGUUCAUUCUGUCUAAUUGUUUCUAGAAAUAACCAAACUGCCACUACAAAAGUGACAGAAUUAUCAUAUUAGAGACCCUGGUUUUGAAACAUCAAGUAUAAUAUAUUCUCUAUAAAGAGAAAAGCAAGAUUUAUGAUACAACAUUAAAAAUAAAUCCCUUAACCCGUAAAUGGUCCAAGCAGAUAUACAUUCACAUGCGUAGUGCUCCAAAAGUAGAUCUACAUUUUUUUUUUUACAUAUUUUCAAAUAUAACAAAAAAAAAAGUAGAUCCAAGUUUUUUACACGUUUUCAAAUGUACAAAAAAAAAAAUCUACUUUUUUUACGUACUUUCAAAUGUUGAAAAAAUAUAUAUAUAUGUUUGGACCAUUUAAGGGUUAAGAACAAGAGAUUUCUGCAGAUUUCAAAAAUACAACUAGCAGAUAGAAAUAAGAUGGCAGCGGCACAACCUAAUUCUUUCUUCUCAUUUCUUUAAAUGAAAAAAGACAUAAUACUGUGGUAACAAAAUUAAAAAGUAUGAAAGAGAUAGAACAAAUGCAACAAGAAAAGAUCUUUUAUAAAUAUCUGUAUACAGUAGUGUGUAUAUAAAACAGGAAAACAAGGAGCCUAUGGACGUUAGUUAUCGUAAGUGGCCAGACAACUCUACUGAUUGUUUUGAAUAUAUUCAAAUUUUAAUCAUACUACCCCACAUAGGAUGAGUCCUUGUUUCCUGGCUUGCACUUAUCAUAACUGGAAAAAUAAUACUAACGAGUUUAUACUGUAAUUAAAAAUAAUUACUAAAAAAAUACAUCUGAACUUAGCAGUAUUAAUUAAACUUAUGAGCACUGCAUUCAGCUUAACAACUCAGGUUAAGAUGCCUGAUGCAGGGAUGAAAAUGAGUUGAGGAAAAUAAAUAUUGAUUGUGAUUUACGAACAUGCCGGUAAAUAAUCAUUCUGUUGGGAAUAUAUAUAAUGUUCAUUACAGUACUGAACAUGUGAAAUAACUAAGUAUGAUUCAUCAAAAAACUACAGGACUUAGGCACCAAGAGAUGGAUGAAGCCAGUCUAAAAUGAUCAAAGUAAUAUCAGAUAAGUAUGCAUACAAUUAAAGACUACCUUGUAUUUUUCAGAAAAUCCCUAGAUCAAGGAAAAGUGUUUCAACACUGGAAAAUCUGAUAUCACACCAAUGAUUAAUAAUGCUUGCUAAAAAGCAGCAGUAAAGUACUGCAGUAUCCAACUGUCUCUGCCUCUUGUUUAUGGUACUGUCCUGUAUCAUACAUGAACCUCUUACAGCAUUCAAUAAACAGUGAAAUACUAUCCCAGAAAAUUCUGACAUGUGGAUCCACUUAAUAAAUGUUAGAAUGGAUAAAAUAGUAACUGCAGGACAUGAAACAAUAAGUGGCUGAAAAUGAAGAAUUUGAUUGAAAUAAAAUUUGAGUGGGAUGUGAGACUAAAAGGUGUAAUCUACUAUCAUUGUUAUACUGUAUAUCUACACGAUGAAAAUAACUCAUCCCAUGAAAAUCUGUGAAGGAUACUAAAAUUUAGAGAAAGGUAGCAAGUGAAGGACACUGCUCUUGAGCAAGAUAACCUACAUUAGCUUUCUGAAUAAUUAAAUAGUAGUAAGUGAUAUUAAUACAGUACAACAAUAUGCAGGGUACAUACUGUACCAGUAUAGUUAUGAUGGUAACACUGUUUAGCUAUCUGCUAAACAGAGAAAACCUUGGAACAACAGUCCACCAAUCUUUGUAAAUACUGUAGCACUAGUAGGAGCAGACAAAGACCCAACUGAACUCAAUACAUCAUGAAAAACCUCCAUUAAAAAUGAAUACAUGCAUGCUGACCACACAAGCAGAAAGGCAUAGAAAAUUUUCUAUGGUGGUUAAUGAAAAUGAUCCUAGAACUAAAUUAUUUAAAUUACCAGGGUAAACUGAGGUCUACAGGCCUAAUAACUCUACAAAUAAGGAACUGUAAGUCAAAUCUCAUAGAGUCUUUUAAGAUAAUAAAUUAGUUUAAUAAUAUAAACCUUGAUCACUUUUAAAAAUGCCUGUUGUAAUAGAAGAGGCCACAUCUAAAACUUUGGACGGUAUAUUAAUGAAAAUAAUAAACUUGUAGUUCUUCUCACAGGUUCUUUCUCUCUGCUGCUCAUAAAGUUGCAUUUCAGUAUCUCAAACUCUCCUAUUUAUUACCGAAUCUCACUAAAAUGUGAUAAACAUUAUUUAAGACAAAAAUUUUAUAUCUAUAUUCGAGGACAUAGUUAAGAUAUUUCACACCAAGAAAUGUUCAACAGUAACCAAAGCAAAUAAAUUUAAAAACCAGUGCUAAUAACCCUGGCAGUUAUAGUACCUUAAAAAAAAAAAAAUCAUACAUGACAGAACUGGCACACUUGUAACUUUUCUCUCUCCAUGCAGUGCCUUAUUCUGAGACCAGCUAUAAUUACUUCAUAUCAUUUAACCCUUAAAAUGUCCAAACGUAGAUCUACGUUGACGUGCAUAGUGCUCCGAACGUAGAUCUACGUCCAAUUUUACAUGCUUUCAAAUGGAGAAAAUAAAGGUCGGAGCGCUACGCAUGUCAACGUAGAUCUACGUUUCGGCAGUUUAAGGGUUAAUUUAUGAUUAUUUCAUUUCAUUUUGUUUCAUUUUAUUGCAACUAUUUAUUGUUGAGUAAUUGGACAGGAAAUUUGUAAUUUUAUGAAAGUGGAUGGUAAGCUGGGUCAUAUAUUGAGGUAAUUUUUUUGUUCUACUGAACACUGGUUCAUUCAUUUCUCUAUGUCAUGUUCGGGAAUUGCAAAAAAGAGUGAAGUACAGUAAUUUAAAAAAAAUAAAACUGGACAUAAUUGUUACAAAAUUA